AUUUCUCGGCUUAUUUCGAAAGAUUCCUCCUUUCCUGCUGCUGUAUCCACUCCGAAGCCCGAAGGCCUUACUCCCCCGCACGCGGAUGGAUGUCCUUCUCCCCUUCCGUCCUCCCGAAUGCACCCUCCGGCGACGCCGAACCAGCGCCGGUGUCCCACCUCGGCUCCGUCGUGCUCUUCGUCGGCCGCUUAUCUUUGGUGAUCUCCUGCCCACCUCUAUUCUGUGAAUGAACAAGGAAAGGAACAUAAUGCUGAAAUUUGGAGCACGUAGGUCAAAGAAGAGUAAUUCUUGUGCUAGCCUUGGAAUCUUUGUGUUGAUGGGAAGAAAUCCCACUUUGUUCAGCACUCGUAUCUUAGGAUGUGACUUGUAUCGUCGUAGAGGCAUGCAUAUUAGACGAAAUGCAACUGGGAAGGUGUUGUGCAGCCAAGUGAAAUUGGAGGAUGAUCUUGCUGAUGAAACAUGUGAACUCGUCAGUGGAGUUGAUCUUGUUAUAGGGGAGGAUCAGGACAGUAUUUCUGCAUACUUAUUGAAGGCAGUCAAGAAUAACAAUGGAACAGGCGUGCUGCUUUUGUCCGAUGUAUGUGGUUUUGAAUAUCCACCUACAAGGGACUUUGCCUAUCAAGUGGCUUGCCAUGGUUUCAAUGUUCUGGUCCCUGACUUGUUUCGUGGGAAUCCAUGUAAGAAAGGCUGGACAGUUGACAGAUAUGAGCAUUGGUUAUCUGAACAAUUACCAGAAAGGGUGGCCAGAGACAUUGACACAUGUGCAAAGUGGAUGAUCGAUGAAUUCACGGCAGCUGGAAUAUCAAAAAAGCUUGGCAUAAUUGGCUUCUGCUUUGGUGGUGGACAUUUAAUUAAGGCCUUGGCUCGUGAUGAGCAGGCAUAUUUUGGCACUGGUAUCUGCUUCUAUGGAGCUAACAUAGACCCCUCCAAAGGGAGCAACAUCAAUGUUCCAGUCUUGUUUAUUUGUGGGGAUAAUGACCCCUUUUGUCCUGUCAACACCUUGCAUCAGAUCGAGAAGAAUAUUCAAAGUUCAAGGGUUGUAAUCUAUCAUGGGAGAGGUCAUGGGUUUGCUCAUCAACCAGAAUCUGAGGAAGAUGAUCAAGCUGCAGAGGAUGCAUUUGCCAUCAUGAGGAAUUGGUUGCAUGAUAAUUUGCUCAUAAGCAAGAACUAGAUUAUGUAUCACUAGCGGGAAAUUGGUUUUCUGUACAACAAGCUGCUAGUUCUCUUGUAUUUCAUGUUUGAUUCGAAUUCAAGUAUAUAUUGGUAAUUUGUGACUGUUGAAUGAUCUCUUGGAAGAUUGACUGUUAGCAUUA